AUGUCAUUCGGGGAAUUACGAAAAACAACCAAAACAAAUUGGUUAAAAGAUAAUAGAGAGUUAUUGAGGAAUAAUAAUGGUCAGGUGCAAACUGAUAUUCGAUUGUCCACUAAAUGGCUUGAAAGAAGUAAAUGUGAAGAUUUAGGAAUUAAAUAUAGGAAAGGAAGAUUUACUAAACGGGAAAAGGAAAUGUUACAGAAUACUUUACAAGAGUACAAAAGAAGACAUAAUCUUAAUGAUGAUCAAUUACAAAAACUUAUGCAUUAUAGAAAUGACAAAGAACAUUCGUCUUUCUGGGCAGAAAUAGCUACUCCGUUAGGCUUCCGUUCUUUGAAAUCUGUUGCACAUCACAUACAGCGAAAUUUUCAUGAAUUCAAUCAUAAUGGUUCAUGGAGUAAAGAAGAAGAUGAACAGUUAAAACAACUUAUUCAAUUGUACGGGCGAGAUUGGACAACAAUAGGAGAACAAUUGAAACGUAUGCCAGAAGGAUGUAAAGAACGAUACGUUGUUUGCCUCCAACAUCAAGACAAGCACAAUAAAGGAAAAUGGACAAAGGAAGAAGAAGAACAAUUAACAAAAGUAGUCGUUAAUAUUACCAAAGAAUGUGACGCAAACAUUUCUUUAGAUUGGGGAAUUCCAUGGCAAUUAGUCGCUGAAGCAAUGGAAAAUAAAAGAACAGCAUUAUCUUGUCGAAGUAAAUGGGUUAGAGAUUUGAGGCUUAAGUAUGAAAUUGGGGAGGAUCGAAGCGCUAGAUGGACUAGCUAUGACAGUUAUAUGCUUUGUAAAAAAUUAGAAAAAUUGAAUGAGACAGAUGAAUAUUUGAUAGAAUGGGAUAAGCUAGCAGAUGAGGAAUGGGAGCUUUGGCCUCGUGAGUUAUUGUGUGAGCAUUGGCGUCAUUUAAAAUACACUGUAAAUGGGUUUAGAGAGAAAGACUUUCAAGAAAUUCUUUAUGAAUUAUUAAAUAGGUAUAAUGAUAAUAUACCUGAAAAACCAAACCGACCAAAGUCAGCUCCAACUAUCAAUUCUGAAGAUGACACAAUUAGUGAUUUUGACGAAAAUGUAGAUAACAAUUCAUUAGUUACAUCAGAUAACACUUCAUCAGACUAUUCUGAUUCAGAACAUAUGGAUAUCGACGUUGUUAAUCUUCCAAUUAAGAAGAUUGCUUCUAAAAAUAAAAAUAAAAAAAACAAUCAAGUGAAUAGCACUUCCGGAAGUUCAUCAUCCGAAUCUGAAUCAGAUUCUAGUUCGAGCGAUAGUAGUAGUGAUAAUGAAGAAACCGGUUCCGAGAAUGACAAUUCCGUUGGAAAAAGAGUAGUUCCUUUACAAAAUAUGAACACAUCGAUCGAUUCGGAUUCAGAUGGUGAUACUAGGAAAAGUUCAAGUGAAUCAUCUUCGGAUGAUGAAAGUUCAGGAAAUGAUAGUAGUGAAGAAAGUUCAUCUGAUGAUGAAGAGGAAUUGACUAGGAAAGAAAUAUUUUCGGUUGAACGAACCAUAUCAAAUGAUAUGUGUUCAUCUAAUGAAGUUUCAGAACAAAGUAGCGAUG